AUGGCGCACUCCGGUAUCGCCGCGCUCGUGGCCGCCUUCGCCGCUGGCCUGGUGGCCUGCCAGCUAAGCAGCGCCUUCGUGGCGACGCCUCUUGGUCGGCGUGGGCUUGAUAGCCACAUGGAGCCGGCCCCGGUUUCCGCGGCUCCCGGCGCGGCUCCCGCCUCUCAGUCGGCGGCGCCCGUCGGAGUCGGCCUUACAAUGAUCGGGGCGUCCGUGGCCUUCGCCCUGCUCGCCAGGGGUGCGCUGUCCAGCGCUGGCAGGGAGGCGCGCGCGCAGGGCCCCGCGCAGCACAGGGUCGUGAUGGCGGCGUUCGAGAGCGAGCUGGGCGUGCAGGACCCCGUGGGCUUCUGGGACCCGGCCGGGUUCACGGCGGAUGGUAGCACGGAGAACUUCGCCAGGAGGCGCCAGACAGAGCUCAAGCACGGCCGCGUGAGCAUGCUGGCGACGAUGGGUUACAUCACGCCCGAACUCACCGGCAAGCUGCCCGGCUACUUGUCGCCGUCGGCUGGCCUGAAGUUCGCGGACAUCCCGAAUGGGCUCGGGGCGAUCUCCAAGGUUCCCGCGGCGGGCUGGGCGCAGAUCGUGGCGUACGGCGCGUUCUGCGAGCUGUCCCAGGACCAGUCCGCUGGCACCGCUGCCGCCGCAGGCGACUUCGGCUUCAAGGUGCUGACGUCCAGUGACGCCGGGGAGAAGCAGAAGAAGUUGGCGGCAGAGAUCGCCAACGGUCGCCUGGCCAUGAUGGCUAUCAUCGGAAUGUUUUUCCAGGACGGCUUGACCGGCUCCGCGUGGGGCGACUGGGCGCUCUACACCGGAUCCCCGCUGCGCGCGUUCGAGAGCGAGCUGGGCGUGCAGGACCCCGUGGGCUUCUGGGACCCUGCCGGGUUCACGGCGGAUGGUAGCACGGAGAAUUUCGCCAGGAGGCGCCAGACAGAGCUCAAGCACGGCCGCGUGAGCAUGCUGGCGACGAUGGGUUAUAUCACGCCCGAAAUCACCGGCAAGCUGCCCGGCUACUUGUCGCCGUCGGCUGGCCUGAAGUUCGCGGACAUCCCGAAUGGGCUCGGGGCGAUCUCCAAGGUUCCCGCGGCGGGCUGGGCGCAGAUCGUGGCGUACGGCGCGUUCUGCGAGCUGUCCCAGGACCAGUCCGCUGGCACCGCUGCCGCCGCAGGCGACUUCGGCUUCAAGGUGCUGACGUCCAGUGACGCCGGGCAUGAUGGCUAUCAUCGGAAUGUUUUUCCAGGACGGUUUGACUGGCUCCGCGUGGGGCGACUGGGCGCUCUACACCGGAUCCCCGCUGCGCGCGUUCGAGAGCGAGCUGGGCGUGCAGGACCCCGUGGGCUUCUGGAGCUCAAGCACGGCCGCGUGAGCAUGCUGGCGACGAUGGGUUACAUCACGCCCGAAAUCACCGGCAAGCUGCCCGGCUAUUUGUCGCCGUCGGCUGGCCUGAAGUUCGCGGACAUCCCGAAUGGGCUCGGGGCGAUCUCCAAGGUUCCCGCGGCGGGCUGGGCGCAGAUCGUGGCGUACGGCGCGUUCUGCGAGCUGUCCCAGGACCAGUCCGCUGGCACCGCUGCCGCCGCAGGCGACUUCGGCUUCAAGGUGCUGACGUCCAGUGACGCCGGGGAGAAGCAGAAGAAGUUGGCGGCAGAGAUUGCCAACGGCCGCCUUGCCAUGAUGGCUAUCAUCGGAAUGUUUUUCCAGGACGGUUUGACUGGCUCCGCGUGGGGCGACUGGGCGCUCUACACCGGAUCCCCGCUGCGCGCGUUCGAGAGCGAGCUGGGCGUGCAGGACCCCGUGGGCUUCUGGGAUCCUGCCGGGUUCACGGCGGAUGGUAGCACGGAGAACUUCGCCAGGAGGCGCCAGACAGAGCUCAAGCACGGCCGCGUGAGCAUGCUGGCGACGAUGGGUUACAUCACGCCCGAAAUCACCGGCAAGCUGCCCGGCUAUUUGUCGCCGUCGGCUGGCCUGAAGUUCGCGGACAUCCCGAAUGGGCUCGGGGCGAUCUCCAAGGUUCCCGCGGCGGGCUGGGCGCAGAUCGUGGCGUACGGCGCGUUCUGCGAGCUGUCCCAGGACCAGUCCGCUGGCACCGCUGCCGCCGCAGGCGACUUCGGCUUCAAGGUGCUGACGUCCAGUGACGCCGGGGAGAAGCAGAAGAAGUUGGCGGCAGAGAUUGCCAACGGCCGCCUUGCCAUGAUGGCAUCAUCGGAAUGUUUUUCCAGGACGGUUUGA